GGCCCCUGCGCUUGCCCUUUGCUUUAUGAUGGCCACCUCAGCAGCGCCGACCUUUGCCCCCAAGGGAGCUCCCGUCAGCUGGGUGGAGGCACCGCGCCAUCUCAGAGGCUAGUGGCUUGCCGAGGGCCUGGAGCAGUCCUGCGUGUACCAGCCAUGGGGACAGGGCUACGCAGCCAGUCCUUGCGAGGCCCACGGCCCUCCUACGGCAAGCUCCAGGAGCCUUGGGGGAAGCCCCUGCGACGGUCGCUGAGCCUCAGACAGGGUCGUGAGAAGUCCAGACCCUCAGAUCGAGACCCGGAAGGACUGGACUCCUUUGAUCAGGAGCGGCGGCCAGGGGGCCUGGGGGACACGGAGCAGCUAAUCCAAGCUCAGCGAGGAGGCAGCCGGCGGUGGCUGAAGAAAUAUCAACAGGUGAGGAGCCGGUGGGAGAGCUUUGUGGCCAGCUUCCCCGCAGUGACCCUGAGCAGGCCAGCCUCUCCGCAGCCUCCUCUGGCACCACCAGCUGAGGAUGCUGGGAGUGAUGGUGGCCCCUGCUGUGCUCGAUGAGACCACCCUGUCUACGGACCGACCUCUUUGUGGCCCUGGGGGACUGCGGAUGCAGUGGCCUCCUCCACGGGGACAGCUCUGGCCUUCCUUACAGGCCCCGAGGCCCUGGCACUGGCGCCCUCAGGGCCUGGUCGUCCAUGCCAAGGCGAAGACCCCGACAUGGCCGGGAAGGAGGGAGCUCAGCGCCACCCUCUGGAGAAUGUCACGGAGGCCCCCUCCCCACAGUGACGUGCAGGAGGGCGUCAGAAGCCUGCCCAGAAGUGGGGGUGUCGCUGCCCCUGGUCCCCACACAAGACCAGUCAUAGACCUUCAGGACAGAGCUGGGUGAAGCCAGCACCACGGCUGAGAGGCUC